GUCCUUUCAAAAGCAGAAACUAUCACCGAAUACAACGCGUUCAGAAUUGGGCAGGAAAACGUAGUCUUUGGAAGGACUUUUUCCCCCUCAUUUGUCUUCAGAAAGGGGGUGGGGGAUGUGAAAUACGACACUGCUUCCUGGUUCUCCAGCGAGAGAAGCCGAGGGAGGGGUGGGGAAGAGGGCGAAACCGAGCAGGGAUUUUUCCAGUCUGGUUGGGAAAGCGAGAGCGGUGCAGCCGAGUGUUACAGCUGCGGGAGGGUGAGAGAGUUCGUCCUCUCUCCCGAGAACUGCAACAAGCAGCCAGCAUCACGUUGCAACGAAAAGGAUUGUGAAACCAGAAACCUGAAGCAGAGGAUUUAAGAAUUUUUUUUGGGCUUCCUCUCAGCACCUGGAGAUAUGGAGAGAAGGAAGCAGUGCGGCUACGGCAGAGAAAGCAGUGAGGCCAAGACCGUGGCCAGUUCACACGAUGGCUCCUCUCGAGUCAUUAACGUGGUCUUCCUGAUGCUCCUCAUCGACCUGCUUGGGUUCACUCUCAUCCUACCACUUCUCCCCUCCAUUUUGGAUUACUACGGAAAGACUGACCAAGACGGCACUUAUCGAUCGCUGCAACGUUCAGUGGACUGGUUUGCCGAUGUAAUUGGAGUUCCCAGUGUAAGAAAAUAUAACACAGUCCUCUUUGGGGGACUCAUUGGAUCCAUCUUCUCAGUGCUACAGUUCCUGGUGUCUCCUGUAACUGGUGCUGCCUCUGACUACUUUGGCCGCAGGAUACUGAUGAUGGUGACCAUGGCUGGGCUCCUAGUUUCAUAUGCACUCUGGGCUCUCUCAAGGAACUUUGGGAUCUUCCUCCUGUCCCGAGUGGUGGGUGGGAUCAGCAAAGGGAAUGUCAGCUUGUCCACGGCAAUCAUUGCUGACCUUCCGUCUCCCCAGGCACGCAGCAAAGGCAUGGCAAUGGUUGGCGUGGCUUUCUCCCUGGGCUUCACCGUUGGACCCAUGAUCGGAGCCUUCCUCGGGACGCGGGCUGGCAAAGACGAAGCCUUCUACCUCCAACCCGCACUGCUGGCCAUGGCCCUCGUGGUGUCGGACCUGCUCUUCGUCUUCUUCUUCCUCCCAGAGACCCUCCCGAGGGAGAAGCGGAUCUCCUCGGUCUCGUCCACCUUCCAGAAUGCCGUGAACCUACUCAGCCCCGUGGCACUGUUCCGAUUCUCCGCCAUCCAGCAAAGGAAGGACUCUCCUUCUCCAGAAGGUAUGCAGGCUCUGAAAGUCCUGGGGCUGGUUUACUUCCUGUACCUCUUCCUGUUCUCUGGCCUGGAGUACACCCUCAGCUUCCUCACUCAUCAACGCUUCCACUUUGACAGCAUGCAACAAGGGAAGAUGUUCUUCUUCGUGGGAAUUACGAUGGCAAUAGUCCAGGGAGGAUAUGCUCGGAGGAUUAAACCUGGAAACGAGGUCAAAGCGGUGAAGGGGGCGAUAUCUCUUCUGAUCCCGGGUUUCCUCAUCAUCGGCUGGACCAGUUCAGUGAUGUUCCUGUAUAUCGGACUCCUCUUUUACUCGUGUGCUGCUGCUGUUGUCGUUCCCUGCCUAUCUGCGCUGGUAGCCGGAUAUGGUGCAGCCAAUCAAAAAGGAACAAUAAUGGGAAUACUUCGUAGUCUGGGGGCUCUAGCCCGAGCCUUGGGACCAACCUUGGCAGCUACAGUCUACUGGCUGGGAGGUGCCGAGCUGUGUUUCACCAUGGCAGCCGCUGGCUUCCUCCUCCCUCUCGCACUUAUUUCAGUUCCCAAAGCAAAGAAAACAGAGUGAGGAGGACCAGAGGAUGGAUAUGUAAAGGUCGAGAGGACAGGACGGAUUCCCUUCAAGCAACCGCAGGCUGUGUUUAAAGCAAAUUCUGGUGGUUGAUCUUCAACAUCUCCAGCUGAGAAUAUCACAGCAAAUGAGGAUCAGGAAACUGCCUAAAGUAGAAAUGUCGUGUUUAUUAGGUGGAGUACAGAGGACUUCAGGAAAGUAACUUGUUAUGGGGCUCUUUCUUUCUCCUUCCUAUUGGGUGCAUUUAUGGAUGUAUGUAUUUAUGGAUGUGGUCUACGUGUAUGGUCUGGUUGUGCAUGGGUGGGUGGUCUACGUCCCCUCCUUAGGUGGAAAAGUGCCACAGUGGAAACUUGCAUUAUCCCAUCUGGAGGUUAAUUGUUGGAUUUGGGUGGUUAAUAAUCAGUGGGUCAUUAAGUGUUUCCUUACACCUGGACCCUUUUGGCUAUAACAUUGCCUAAGUUGGAAUGAGAUAUACUCAACAUCCAGCUACUGGUAUAAUGUCCGAGGAAGGUAAAGUAAUGGUCACAAGGAAAACUGUUCUAAUUUGGAAUUAGAAAAUUAAACACUUGCAGGAUUUUUCUCUUAUUUAUCACUUUUUAGAACAUGAGUUCAGCCUAACACUAGAGAUAAGUUCAAAUCUCUUGUGAUAGGUAGAGAAAUUGCAUUCUUGGAACACUAGUAAUGGCAAUUCUCCAGCAACUAGAUUGUCAUAAAGACUACAGGGAAAGAAAUCUGCUCUUAGUCUGAGACCAGUACACAACUUCAGAUCUUUAAAUUCUGUUCAAAGGUGAUUCUGGUGAAUCCUAAGUGCUAGCCUUGACAGCAAAACCAGGUGUCACCUUCCCCCACUACCAUAAUCACCACCAACUUCCAUCACUGAGUGGUAGCUGUGCCUUCAGAUGCCUGUGUGCUUGAACUCUUUUUGCCUUCAUUAUCAAUCUCUAGCCAGUACUACAGUCACUCCUCUUUUGACCCAAUUUUAUAUCCGUGGAAAUACCUUGAAAAUUGCUCUGUCAAUGCAAAUUUUUGCUUUUCAAGUGUGUGUGCAGUGAAAUCAAUACCAUUCAAAAAAAAAGGCAAGUGAUUUCACAUAUGCAAUAAAUCUGCUGAAUUUCAGAGUACAGGUUCUCUCAUGCUUUGGGAAUCUGCAACUUAUGUACAGCCGGCACACACAAACAAGUGUCUGGGAAACCGGCAGGAUGGAUUUCACAAAUUCUUGCCUUUCUUGCCAUAUGGUUCUGACUUGUGAAGUGCUCAGGUUACAAACAGCUCAUGGGUGUGGAACUUCGCCUUAACCUGGCAAGGCCCUAUCCAGCAGCUUUUUUUGGGAGAAAGCCCUGGAGACAAAAGAAGGUAGUUUUCUGGUGAAAAUAUGUCACUUGUCUUGUCAUUUUACUUUAACCUAGUGGGACCUCCUAUUAACAUGUUCAUAUUUGAUGAAAUGUUUACUUAAAACUUUAUUAAGAUACUCUAAUAAACUAUCCUGAAAUCAAAUGUUUUGUACAGAAUUUCAAAUAAACAUCCAUU